UGCCUUUUGGCUCAGAGACACAUAAACCUUGCAGCAGCAGUGAUACCCAGCAUUCAUCUGUCUUUACUCUGACCAGUCAUGAACAUCAUCUGGCUUUGCCUCCCAGCAGCGCUGCUCGUUACAUCAGCCUUGUCUGUUCAAAUGACUGACAUAAGGAACCUCAGAGUUUCCCCAGGAUUCAAUCAAAGUAUUGCAGGAGUAAUGCUGGUCACAUCUUUAAAUGAGCUCAACCAGCCUGAGUAUGCUUUCAAUGCCAGUGAAGCUCGCAGGCUCUGCUGGUCCCUUGGACUGAACAUUGCUUCAAAAGCACAAGUACAGAAAGCUCUUUCUAGAGGUUUAGAAACAUGCAGGUUUGGAUGGAUUGAUGAACACUUCGCAGUCAUUCCCCGCAUCCACCCAAUUCCCAGCUGUGGCAGGAAUAAGAGCGGCUUGGUGCCCUGGCGAGCCAGCGUAAAACAAAAGUUUGAUGUGUUUUGCUUCAACGAGACAGAUGCAGCGAUACAACGAAUGGAUGAAGUAACUGACAGUCCUUUGAAGAGCACACAUGGCGUGGGUCACACACACCACACCACAACACCACCAUCCACAUCUUCCUCCUCGACUCCUGAAACGCUCGACAGUGAGAUAGAACCAGCCCGCUUUGCCAGCAGCUCACAAAGCUUUACUGCAGGAAAAGCUGUGCUCAUCUUCUGCUCCUGUGCGCUUCUUCUGCUUAUAACAAUCAUCCUGACAUACCUCAAAUUAAGACGUUGCUCUCAGAAGUCAGACGUGAAAGAGCAGAAAGAGUACAUCCAGACAGAAGAGUGGAUCUGUGUGAAGACCCCUACAGAAACCAAGAAAGCUGCUGAGGAAGAUGAGAGGAUAGAAGUGGGCGACGACGCACAAUAAAUGAGAAACUGUUUGUGAUCCUCGAUUUGUGUUAAAUUAAGAGACAGAAUGGCUGUAACAUGAUUUCUUUUUGUAUUCUGUUAAAUGGUGCAUUUUAGCCACUGGAGGGCAAUGUUUGUAAUAAAAUGAUUUUAAAUACU